CCGCUGAGUUGACGGAGAGCAACUACAAAAAGCAAACAAUUUCGAAAGCAACUGCUGACUAUUCUGGCACGCAGCCAAACAGUAUGGUUUUUUUUAUGUGUCAAAAAUUGUAUAAUUGAUAAUUUUAAAAUGAAAAAAAAAAAUUAAGAUUUAAUAUCGAUCAAAAUUUGGAUUUGGUUUUGACUUAAAAUACUUUUUAGAACGACGUAAUUUUAUAUCGAUUCGAAUGUCACUUUGUUUGGCUGCUAAUCGUACUUAUUUUUCCGAACAGGCAGAGUUUGCACGACUGUCAAUCUGUUUUGAUUGUUUUCUUUGUUGUAUUUUGUAGCAGUAUCUGUUCACGUGUGUUGAAUAAGCCCCUGCAAUAAUAUGGGAAUGUUUGCUUGUUGAUUUCUUUAUCUAGUGGCCUUAUUUAUUGUUUGCGACCAUGGAAAAUAUGUUAUUAAAAUCAGAUGUUAGUGUUAAUGAGUCUCUUACAGUUGGUUCAGAGGAAAAUGCAGAUGCUAGCGACGAACUGGCAGUAAGAGACGAUGAGAUUACUGACAAUCCCAACAGUGAUAUCUACAUGGAUUUAAAACGCGAAAGUGAAGACGGGCAGUCAGAUACGAAAACAGACUCUGACGAUAACGAGGAUGGCCAAGAAGCAGAAGAAGAGGAGGGUGCGGGGUUGAAAGCCGGUUCUGUUCUCGAAGAUAAUCUCACUAAUAAUGUUGUGAAGGAAGAAACUGUUUAUUUUGCAGACAGCGUAAAGUAUGAACAAGUUUCAUCGCUCUCCAGGCAAGACUCAGACCCCAAGAAAGAAAAGAAAAAAGAGAAAACUAAAAAGGAACUAGAAGAAGAAGAACGUGAGAAAAUGCAGGUUCUAGUGUCCAACUUCACGGAAGAGCAGCUCGACCGGUAUGAAAUGUACCGGAGAUCAGCAUUUCCUAAGGCAGCUAUAAAACGGCUGAUGCAGACUAUUACAGGUUGCUCUGUAUCCCAGAAUGUUGUUAUCGCAAUGUCUGGGAUUGCCAAAGUGUUUGUGGGAGAAGUUGUGGAAGAAGCGCUGGACGUGAUGGAGCAGCAGCAGGAGACGGGCGCGCUGCUGCCCAAGCACCUGCGCGAGGCCGUGCGCAGGCUGCGCCAACAGGGCAAGAUCCCCGGCGGCCGGCAGCGCAAGCUCCUGUAUUGGCUGUAGCACCAGUGCCCAACACUGUACAUAUUGACAAGUUAACUGAAUGAACACAACAAUUGUGAAAUUCUCAUAACAUAUGAUGUAAGGUAUCGUACAAGAUUGGCUCAUGAAUGUGGGCCAGUAGAGCUGUUCCAAAUCAACUUUAUUUUAUUAUUGAGGUUGAAGUUGAAUUCUGAGUUGUGAAACUUUUGAAGUUCAAAGUCUAUUUAUGUAUUUUGACUUUCUGAUAUUUAAGCAAAAAUAAACAUCUCCAUAUUAGUAAAAUACUGGUUAAUUAAUACUAUAAUUUAUGUACUACAGCUGUAUUAUUAUUAUUAUUAUUAUUAUUUUUUUUUUAAUUUUAAAUGUUAAUAGUAUUUUAACAGUAUCAAACAUGGCAGUUUUGUGUUGCUAACUGGACGGUGAUGAUCAUACAAUGUCCAUGGCCUUAUAGAAAUUUCUUCUUGAUUUUACUGCUAGUAAAGUAGCAUACUAAAGAAUCUUUUGAAAGCUAUCUUACAAACUUCCCACAAAGGAGAGAUAAAACUAGAUAAUAAUAUAUAGUGUAAAAAAAUUGUGAUUUAGUAAAUGGGUGAUUAAAAUAGCACAUGUUGGUAAACAAAUGACUUUUUCAAAAAAUAAAAAUAUCUUACUUGAUGUUUUCAAAAUUUUUUGCCAAAUUUUCCAGUUAUCAGGUUUUAUUAUCCUUAAGCCUGUCAAAAAAAAAACUGAGAGACUGCUUAUAGAUACUCAGAGUGUGAGAACAUCGUCUUCCUUACGAUCACGUUUGUGUGCCACUGAUAUUGCAUUUAUUGUAACCACUUAUUUGUAUUGUCGUUGCGAGUUUUUUUUUUUUUUGGAUAGACUGAAACUGUGUAACUUGGGCGCCAGCACGUGUAGGGGCACGUGGACCCGGCCGUAGACUCCUGGCUCGGGGCCGUGACGUGACCCGUGUGGGGACUAGGCUCGACUGCCCCUUGCGCAGUAGCACUAGUCCCACACGCCUCGGGACUCACACGGCUGCUCAGUGAAUCUCGCAGAAGUCUAGGGAAAGCUCUUUAUUGAUGUCGAGCGGCACAAGGAAAUAAAAUGUUACAUAAGUAAUUACGUGAAAAGAGUUAUUCGUUGAUACACUGAAAUAACAUGGCAACAGGAAUAUUACCCCGCCUUAAAGGCUGACCAGGUCAUCUCGUGGCCUGGCCUCAAAAGUUCGUUACAUAUUAAGAAAUAAAAUAUCCAACUGGAUUUAAAUAAUUAUGUUAAAGAGCCAUCCUCCCGGGGUUGACCUCGAGGAAAAGAAAAAGGUUUAAGAAAUAAUUAUGGGGCGACGGAUGUUAACAGAUCAGUGAAAACUAAAAUUGAAGUCGAUGAGGCGCGCGCAGGCCUUCCACCCCGGGCGGCGAACGGAAGCUGACUGACGAGGCCAGGGCAUCAUGGCCGCCGGGAUGCAUUAAGUUCCCGUUAUGUUACCAGGUUCCACCUGGUACAUAUUAACAUGAAAAACCCUCUUAAAAAUUAAGCAAAAACUGAACACACUGAUUUACCAUUACCAAACUUAACUUAUUUUUAAUUUAUUCGUUAAAGUUCAAAACAGUAGUUGCGGGUAGUUCGGGGGUUGCCCGCCUGGGGCGCUGCACCGUCCUUACUAACUACAACUUAAAACAUAAACACUUAGGAAUUUAAAAAAAGAUGAAAAUAAAAGGUUUGCAUUACCAUUACUUAUUAUUUUAAUUACGUUUUUAUGGGAACGUGGCACUGAAGCUACUGCCUCUUGCAGGGCCACACACGCCUGCACACGGGGCGGGAGGUUUGAAAUAGAGGGUGGUGGUGGGAGGAGAGGGGUGGCGACGGCGUGAGGCACAUCGGGCUUAGGGAGGGCGUAGCCCUGGUCGACGUCAGUAUGCAUAUAAUGAGAAUAAUACCUGUUAAUUACAGAGCAUAUGUAUGGAUAUAUUUAUGAUCAGAAGCCAAAAUUACCAAUACUGUGCCUUCUGUACAUUCAGAAAAAAAAACUCCUGCCAUUAUUUGCGAGUUUUGGUGCUAAAUAAAUGCUAAUAGCCAAAUAUGUUGGAAAUGUUCAUUAGUGCACACUGCAAUUAAUUUGGCAGUGUUUACGGGCCAAUUUGUUUUAAGUUAAUUUAUGUGACCCCUAACCUUGCAAAAAUAAGAAAUCCACUUCCUUAACCUAUUUAAUAUGUUGAUUUUUGGGGUGUAUAAACCUUUGUUUUUUUAACAUCAGCGAUACAGCAUUAUUAUAGGGAAUUAUUCAAUAACUGUUUUAUGCUGGAACAAAAAAUCUACAUUUCCAUAAUUUAAAGUUUAAAGUUGAUUCAUAUUUUAUAUUCUGUGCUUGUUGCGUAAAAGGGGUUAAGUCCAAAAUCAUAGUUUUGAGAAAAUCGCGAUUGAAAAUUAUCAGGUUUCUGGAAGUAAGUUUUUUUAGCUUUAUUAACUGCUUUAGAACUUAGUAAACUCAUUAAUUGUUUUAAAAUAAUCUCUAAUCUCCCUUAUGAAUUUUAAAAGUAAAUAAUUCAAUAUCACUAUGUAUUUUAACCAUUUGUGACUUAACCCCCUUUACACAACAAGCACAGAUUAUGUAAAUUGUAAACCAAGGAUUCACAAUCUGUUGAUGAUACCAGAAUAGCCAAUUGCUAUUAUUAGAAGUAUUUCAGAUGUACAUAUCAUUAAAAUGUAGAUAAAUAAUUCACAAACAUACUCUUUUACUAUUGUAAGUUAUGCUAGAUUUACUUGUUAUGUGCAUAGGCCUAUGAUUAAAUAAAUCUUUCUGUUAUCAUUUACCAUUUUCAAAGUGCGUGAGACAAGUGUGCCUGUUUUUUAUUCAAAAUCAUCACACGUAUGCUACCCUUCAUCAGAAGGUAAACAUCAGAUAGCUGAUGAUGAUUAUCAUGGUAAAUGGUGACGUCGGUCCAAAGGCCUCCUUAACUCUUCCAGGCCUAUAUGUCACGCCAAUGCCUUCUCCUGCCAAGUGGUGCUUCGUGGAAGUGUUUCUACUUGCCGAGGGUGCAGUGUAGACUUGUGUUUCCUUUUGCAUGUACUUGUAUUGUAUUUCAUUUCAAAUUAUUUUGUUUUUAUAGUUCAUAUUUUUAUUUAUUUUAUACGUAUUAUUCACUGGGCGCCUAGGCCAGGGUUUUCCGUCUGUGGCCAAUCCGCGCGUUCCGCGGGCUCGCGGAGGAAGGGAGUCAAGGUCGCGGCACGUGGGGGAGCAGUCGCACUCGAGAGACGCAGGGAGACGUCGCUCCACAGCUAGGCCUUUUUAGUCGCGAUUACAGUACGGGUGGGACGCCCCUUGCAGUGUGCGGGGAAAUUAAAGCGCACAGAACCGGGCAUCGCCCUUAUUGAGAUUGCCACAGGCGGGACCGCGGUAGCCCCAUGUAAAGGGUAUGUUUUAUCGUGCAUAAAACCAUUAAAACUUCA